GCCUUGCACAACGCGAUGAUGUGAUGGGAAAGGGGUGGUCCUCGGCCUCCUCGUAGUCCACAGCAAACAGCAGCAGCAGAAAGGCAGGACAUCGAGCGGGAGCAGCGAUGGAUCACAGAGUCUGUUGGCCGAUUCUGAGCCUGGUUUUACUCUCCCAACUCCCCGGUUGCGAGGGUGAAAGCAGAGGAAGGACGAUCCCUAAAGAAAAUCUCUUGGUUUUCACUGUUGCCACGAAAGAAACCGAUGGAUUCAAACGUUUUAUUAGAUCUGCAAACUUCUUCAAUUACACGGUUAAGGUGCUGGGUAUGGACGAAGACUGGACUGGUGGAGAUGUGGCUCAAACUGCAGGAGGGGGGCAGAAAGUUCGGAUCCUGAAGGAAGCCAUGAAACCGUACGCCAGUGCAAAGGACCUUGUCAUUCUGUUUGUGGACAGCUAUGAUGUGAUAUUUGCUUCGGGACCUGAAGAAUUACUAAAGAAGUUUCAGCAGACUAAGCACAGCGUGGUCUUUUCUGCCGAAGUCUUUAUCUGGCCCAACCGGCACCUUGAGGUCAAGUAUCCCCACGUUCGCGACGGGAAGCGAUUCCUCAAUUCUGGAGGUUUUAUUGGCUUUGCUCCUAAUGUUUACCUACUGAUGGAGCCCUGGGAUCUGCAGGAUAAAGAUGAUGAUCAGCUCUUCUACACAAACAUCUACCUGGAUGCAGAGAAGAGGGCAAAUUUGAAUAUUACCCUGGACCACAAGUGUCGGAUCUUCCAGAAUCUGAAUGGAGCUUUGGAUGAAGUGGUUUUGAAAUUUGAGGAAGCGCGAGUGAGGGCCCGGAACCUGGCCUACGAUACGCUGCCGGUCAUCAUCCAUGGCAACGGACCCACCAAGAUGCAGCUCAACUAUUUGGGAAACUACAUUCCAAAGGUGUGGACCUUUGAAACUGGCUGCACAGAGUGUGAAAAAGACACCAUAAGUUUGCCAGAAAAGGACAACAAAUUUCCAACUGUCCUCGUUGGUAUCUUUAUCGAGCAGCUGACGCCUUUUGUCGAGAACUUCUUUGAACGUUUAGUGAAUUUGGAUUACCCAAAGGAACAACUCCAAAUCUUCAUCCACAACACACAAACAGACCACGAGCAGGAUGUGAGGAAGUUCGUUGAGCAACACGGCGACAAGUACCAGAACGUGAAAGUGAUCGGUCCAGAGGAGGAGAUGCUCAACCCAGAUGCUCGCAACAUGGGACUGGACAUGUGCCGCCAGGAUGUGGCCUGUGAUUAUUACUUCAAUGUUGAUAUUGAAGUUGUGCUUCAGAAUCGUGACGCCCUCAAGCUCCUUAUUGAUCAGAACAGAUCGAUACUGGCUCCACUGGUUGGUCGCCGCAAGAAGUUGUGGUCAAACUUCUGGGGGGCGAUGAGUGUCGAUGGAUAUUACGCCCGGUCAGAAGAUUAUGUGGAUAUUGUUGAUCGACGCAGAACAGGUGUGUGGAAUGUCCCGUAUAUCUCCAGUGUGUACCUGAUCCACGGCUCCUUGCUGCGGUCAGACCUGACUAAGAGAGAUCUCUACCACAGCAACAAGCUGGACGCAGACAUGGCCUUCUGCCAGAACGUCAGAGAGCAGGGAAUCUUCAUGUACGUCACCAACAGGCACGUGUUUGGACACAUUCUCUCUGUAGAAAACUGUCACACUGGUAACCUUCACAAUGACCUCUGGCAGAUUGAUGAAAACCAAAAGGAUUGGGAGGAGAAGUACAUUCAUCCAAACUGGAGCAGAAUAAUUGAAGAUAAAAUCCUUUUGCAGCCAUGCCCAGAUGUUUACUGGUUCCCUGUUUUUACUGAGCGAGGCUGCGAUGACAUUGUUGAGGAAAUGGAACAUUUUGGCCAGUGGUCAAGUGGAGGCAAUCAGGACAUGCGUAUUCAGGGUGGAUAUGAGAACGUGCCGACAAUCGACAUCCACAUGAAUCAGGUCGGAUAUGAGAAACAAUGGCAGAAGUUUCUAAAGGAAUACAUUGCACCUUUAACGGAGAAAAUCUACCCAGGUUACUACACCAAGGCCUACUCGUUUCUGAACUUUGUAGUGAGAUACAAACCUGAGGAGCAGCCCUCGCUUGAACCCCACCACGAUGCCUCAACUUUCACUCUUAACGUAGCUCUAAACAAAGCAGGAGUUGAUUAUGAGGGUGGUGGCUGCAGGUUCAUCAGGUAUAACUGUUCCGUUCAAGCUCCUCGGAAGGGCUGGGCCCUCCUGCACCCAGGACGACUGACUCAUUACCAUGAGGGUCUUCCAACCACCAGCGGAACUCGAUAUAUCGUUGUCUCUUUCGUUGACCCUUAAAGUGCUUACAUCUGAGAUCAUGCAGCGGAAGUUAUUACAAAUGUAAUUUUGCAACAAACUUCAGCCUAUUCUUCCUUAAGAUAUUACGGCAGGGGAAGCUCGUGUCCCUGCCCUGUACAUAAUGGUUAAUAAAUUUCUUUAGGUGCUAAGUUCUAAGGGAUAGUUGCAGCCGGUGUAUUUGUCAGUUGUGAAAGUUAAUAUUGGAAAAAUCAAAUCCCAUCUCAAAUGACAGAAGUCCAGCCGAUACAACAAUACCAUGUUCCAUAGAAACCUGACUGUCCCAAGAUCCUGGAGCUCACCACAUCCCACACGGGUACUAACGAGGAGAUCCUGGGGGCACAGGGCUACUCCAUCUUGGAAGUAGAGAUCUAUCCUAUCACAUAAUAGUCAGUGUCUUUCUAACUCAGGGAUUUUGGAGAUACAAUUGCCCCAUCUCAUAAUAAUCAGACAGGGUUACCUAGAAUUCUCAAAGCAGACGCUACGCUUUCCAUAGUAACUGGAGAGUUUGUAACCCACGGAUGUUGGAGGUUUAACUCUAUGGCAUCCCACUGUGGUUUGAGUUGGGUGGAAUCAGUAGUUUUGGAGCUGGCAGGUUCCAGCUCUGCAUCAGUCCUGGAUUUCAGUCCCAGGUCUGUGCUACUGAACCAUUACAGUCAAGAGUGAGAAGGGAGUGAUUGCAAUGACUUUGACCAUGUGCCCACACAACAUGCACAUGUGGGGCCCAUGGCUUGACGGGUUAGAAUCAGUUGUGACGUUUCAGUUUUUUUCGCUGACCUUUAUGCUCUGAACAUCUGUGGAGUAGAACAGUUGGUGAGGAACAA